AGGUGUUGACGUUCGGUGUGUGAGUUGGGUGUACUAACUUUUAAAUAAGUAAAUGUGACUUUCAUAGAUUUAACAAUCUUGAAAAGAGGGCUGCUGUAAUAUUACAUUUUGCCUUCGCUAACUAUCCAUAUCAAGUCAUGUGUGUGUCAGAAGACUGGUACAUCAAUGAUGAAAUUACAACAGCGAAAUUAGAUGGUUACAGACUUGUAGAACACUUCAGCAGGAGAGAUCAUAGCCACGGAGGUGUUGCCAUUUUUUGCAAAGAAGACUCGGAUGUGGAUGCUGAACCCAUUGAAGAAAUAUCGAAGAUGUCAGUGAAAAUGAAUUUUGAAUGCGCCGCCAUUAAAUUUAAGAGCUCUAUAUAUAAGGCUUUUGUUUACGUUUCUACCGCUUUUUCCAACUGCGUACAUUUGGACAUUAAAGAAGAGUUUUAUGAGCCUCCUUUGACGCCGGAAAAAUUUUUCGCGGUGGUUAAUUCUUUGCAUGAGGAUAUUUUAGACGAAAUCACUCCGCGUUUAUUGGAGAAUUUUCCAAACACUUAUGUUUACUCGAAGAACAUUUCGGAAGAUUUGGUUAAAUCUGCUGGUGAGAGUUUGCCAGUCGCAGUAGUACGUCCUCCUAUUGUUACAAGCUGUAAUACAGAACCCAUCACCGGAUGGGCCGACCAGUUCUAUGGUCCUUUCGGCUUGGUAACAGCAGGAACUUUAGGCAUACUUAGGAGUGUCUACAUACACGAUGUGCCAGUUGAAAUAUUGCCUCUCGAUUAUGUCGUAAAUUGUAUAAUAUCAGUACUUUGGAAAACAUCUCGUAGCACUUCACAGAUAAUCUGCUACUGUCUAUGAUUCGAACGCAUUAUGUUUCAAAAACACAUUUAAUUAUAUUUGGUGGCCACCUUCUGCUUUUUCUGGAUGUAUUAUAUGUGGCACACAAUUGAUCUAUGGUGUAAACGCCACAUUUAGUUUGAUUAUAUGAUAUAAUAAUUUCAGGUUU